UGGCUUAAUAUCAGUCACUAAGCGAUCGCUCGACAGUUAACAACAUAUGAAACAAAAUAGCUUGGAAACAUUCGUUUAAAUAUUAUGUACUUUGUUAUGGUUUGAUCGCGCUUGUUUCUCUUGAUUGCCUCUGCAAAUUCGCGCCAUCAAGCACAUCGCAGGCGAAAAUUAGCGCGUUUGUGUGAAAACAUUUUUUGUGAACGGGUACGGGUACCUCGAGCUAAACUAAAUAAAGGAAUUAAAAUAAUUACAAUUAAAUAUACCGAUUCACCCAAAGAUGGCCGAUAAUGCGGGAUUUAGGCCAGAUGCGGAGGUUUUUGCCUCGGCAGGGCCACACCCAGACGACAAUCCCCCCGCCUAUUCAUCAUCAAAAUCAACUUCUGUGGUCUCCUUGAAUGACUUCAACUCAAAGGCGAACCUGACGGAGAAGAAUCAGCUUUCACUCUCCGAAGAUCCGUACAGUCCCUUUGAGCAUCGCGAUCCAAAGGGAGCCAGUACUGGCGGCGCUCUAGCCCAUCUGCUCAAGAGCUCACUAGGCACAGGAAUUCUAGCUAUGCCCAUGGCCUUUCACAACGCCGGCCUGGUCUUUGGUAUGUGCAUGACGCUCAUCGUUGGCUUCCUCUGCACCCACUGUGUUCACAUAUUGGUGAAGACUUCGCACAACAUUUGCCGCGAUGCCAAGGUGCCAGCCCUGGGAUUCGCAGAGACGGCAGAGAAGGUGUUCGAAUACGGUCCCAAAGGCAUGCGGCCCUACUCCAAUUUUGCCAAGCAAUUUGUGGACGUUGGUUUGAUGGCAACCUACUAUGCGGCGGCCUGUGUGUAUAUCGUAUUCAUUGCCACCUCCUUCCACGACGUGAUCAACUACGACUGCAACCUCAACUGGGAUGUACGAAUCUACAUUGCCCUCACAGUGAUUCCGUGCUUGUUCAUCGGACAGAUCAGGAAUCUCAAGUGGCUGGUGCCCUUCUCCCUGAUGGCCAAUGUAUUUAUUGUGAUCACCUUCGUAAUAGUCCUCUACUACAUGUUUGAUGAGCCACUCGUCUACUCUGAUAAGCCGCUGAUCGCCCCGGCCGCCCACAUUCCACUCUUCUUUGCAACGGUCAUCUUCGCAAUGGAGGGAAUUGGUGUAGUGAUGCCCGUGGAGAACUCAAUGCGCAAGCCUCAGCAGUUCCUCGGCUGUCCCGGUGUCCUCAACACGGCCAUGAUCACUGUGGUGCUGCUCUACGCGAUAAUCGGCUUCUUUGGCUAUGUGAGAUUUGGGGACACGGUUCGUGGCAGCAUCACGCUCAAUCUGCCAGACGGCUCCUGGUUGGCCGAUACGGCCAAGCUUCUGAUGGCAGUGGCCAUUUUGUUCACAUUUGGCCUACAGUUUUACGUGCCCAACGAGAUCCUCUGGCGCAAGAUCAGUCACAAGUUCAGCCCUGAGAAGCACAACAUCACACAGAUCCUGCUGCGCACUGGCAUCAUUCUGGUGAGCGGAGGCGUGGCCGCGGCUAUUCCCAACCUGGAACCGUUCAUCAGCUUGGUGGGCGCCGUGUUUUUCUCACUGCUGGGCAUCUUUGUGCCCAGCUUCGUUGAGACCGUCUACCUUUAUCCCGAUCGACUGGGCUGGUGCAAUUGGAAGAUGGUUAAAAACAUAAUUUUGGGCGUUUUGUCCAUCCUAGCUUUGAUUGCUGGUGCCGUGGCCAGCAUUGGCGAGAUCAUUGAGAUGUACAGCAGCGAUGACUAAUGGGAACUCUGAAGUUCCCAUCCCACCCAUCCCACAUGGUCGAUGGACGAUGGUAGUAUUAAAAACGAUGCAGGUACCCCUACAGAUGGAUUCGAUAACGGAGACAUGAGACAGAGAGAUGAGAGUUUCAGUUCAAAGCGCAGUAAUCUAGCCAUGUUGAACAUGGCUAGGCGGUGUCGGAGCCAAUUCCGAUGCUGCUGACUGCAUGAACAAGAUGAUAUUAAUGAUUAAGUCUUUAUGUAUGUGUGUGUGUGUGUAGUACAUACACACUGUGUAUGUGUACACAUAGGUGUCUCGUUGCACUAACACUGCUAAGCUGCAAUUCAUAGAAUUUAUAAAUGUUAUUAUGUUAAGUCGAUCAGCAUCUAUAAAGAAAACGAUUGUGAACAGA